AUGUCUCCUUUACUGUUUGUGCUUAGUAUGGAGUAUUUGUCCCGUAUCAUAGCAAAGAUUGGAGAGAGGGAAAGGUUGAGAUUCCCUGAAAACUGUGAGGCUAUAAAACUGAAUCACCUCAGUUUUGCAGAUGAUGUUCUAUUAUUCUGCCAUGAGGACUAUUUGUCCACUUACAGUAUGCUGCAUGGUCGAGAUCUUUUCUCAAGAACAUCAGGGCUUUAUCCAAACAAAGGGGAAAAUGAAAUAUAUAACUGUGGCACAAAGGAUUAUGAUAUUCUGAAAAUCUUUAAAGCUUCUGGUUUCAAGAGAAAUAACCUUCCAUUCAUCUACAUAGGGAUGCCAAUUAAUUCCAAGAGGAUAUCUACAAAAGAUUGCCAAAUUCUUGUGGACAAUAUAACUGGAAGAAUCAGAAUAUGGAGUUCCAGAACCUUAUCUUUUACAGGUAUACUUGUUCUGAUAAAUGCAGUUCUGCUUACUAUACAUUCCUACGGAGUUAAAUCAUCAUUAUCCAAAAAAAAGGUGAUCCAGGAGAUAAAUGCAAUAUGCAGAACUUAUUCGUGGACAUGUAAAACUUCUGCCUGUACUCCUGGAAACAUUGCGUGGGAUAAGAUAUGUAAACCUAAACAUGCUAGGGGUCUAAGUUUUAAGAACAACUUAAGUUGGAACACUGCAGCCAUUGGAAAACAUGUUUGA